AUGUCAACGCUGGCUGACCAGAGUCCACAAGCCGAGAGCUUUAACGGUGCCACCUCAACAGUGACACCAGACACAGAGGCUCGAGAGCGGCAGAGGUCCAUUGCGUUCAAAGUCUCUCAUGUUCUUAUUAGUGUCUUCUUUCUAUGGCUGACGAUUGUCCAUAUCAUCGGCAUUCUCUUCUUUGCGAAAGGCUUCCUUCUUACAAGACUUGUCUUAGAUAACAAGUCUGAAUGCACUGCACUCCCAAGUGGACAGCAGUCUAGGGAGGCAAAUGGAUGCUGGCAUCCCAAGUCUUUUAAUCGAGCUGUAGUCAUAAUUAUCGACGCGUUACGAUAUGAUUUUACUGUUCCUUCGACAGCUAGUCCAUCCAUCAAACAUCCUCAGAGACAUUACCUUGAUAACCUACCCACUCUCUACGAUACUGCUGUCGCCAAUCCAGAGCAUGCAUUCCUACUACCCUUCAUUGCCGAUCCUCCGACGAGCACGCUCCAGCGAUUGAAAGGCCUGACCACCGGAACGCUUCCAGUUUUUAUCGACAUUGGUUCAAAUUUUGCAGGCACUGCAAUCGACGAGGAUAACAUCGUAUCUCAGCUGAAAGAUGCAGGGAAAACAAUAGUCCACCUAGGAGACGACACAUGGCAGUCAUUGUUUCCCGGAUAUUUCGACCCAAAUAUGACGAGACCAUAUGAUUCUUUUAAUGUCUGGGAUCUACAUACCGUCGACAAUGGUGUUAUAGAACAUAUUAUGCCACUCUUGGAGCAAUCUCCUGCCCGAUGGGAUGUUGUUUUCGGUCAUUUUCUGGGCGUUGACCACGCGGGCCAUCGUUACGGACCCGAGCACCCUGCAAUGGCUGAGAAACUUCGGCAAAUGGACGGCGUCAUCCAGCAGAUUAUGCAGAGACUUGACGACGACACGCUCCUUGUCAUCAUGGGUGACCACGGUAUGGAUGCCAAGGGCGAUCAUGGGGGAGAAUCUGAUGAUGAAGUUGAAGCGGCUUUAUGGAUGUACUCGAAGAAGCCUCGAUUUGGCAGAGUCAGUCCCGAUUCCCUAACACCACCGUUGAAUGCCAAAGAGCGACCCAUCGGACAGAUAGACCUGGUUUCAACGCUAUCUCUUCUGCUAGGUCUACCAGUGCCGUUUAACAAUCUGGGCAGACCCAUCGCCGAAGCAUUUGCGGGACCUGGCAAGACAAAAUGGCAGAACCUGGCAGAGGUUGCACAUUUGGUCCAAGCCCAGAUUGCGCGGUACCAGCGUCAUUAUUCCCAGUCUCGAGACCUUGGCCUCUCGGAUGAUGUCUACCAGAGCCAGGCUGCGCAUAUGAUGCGAUCGGUGGAUGCUAUUGGCACUGGACGCUGGCAAGACUCGUAUCACGCCUUUGUCGACUGGCACGAGGAAGUCAUCUCAACGUAUCGAAAAUUGUGGGCAAACUUCAAUCUUGGAGACAUGUUGUACGGUGUUUGCAUCUCGGCUGCUGCACUUGCAUUUUUGCUCUUUUUUGCUCGCUUCUCCAAGGGAGACAAGGCACUCGUCGCCACCGGCCUGCUUCGUAGCGCUGGCUUGGGAAGCACAGCCGGCCUCGCUCUCGGCCCAGUUUUGGGGAUUAUUCUUCCCAAAUAUUUCACUGCGAUUGCCGGUCUCGUCUUUGGAGUCACAUGUGGCGGUAUUCUCGGUGCAAGUGUGUGGUCCUAUCAAAACAAUGUCGCUCGACGCUUUCGUUUUCCCUCGAUAUGGGGCUGGAUGACAUUCGUUUUCGUGGUCACCCAGGCUGCAGGAUUUGCGUCUAAUUCGUACACCAUUCAUGAGGACACCAUCCUGCUUUUCUUCUUGACUACCUUUGGCUUGGUGGCGUUGAUAUCUUCUUUACGACAAGCGUACCAGAAAGACCGAAUCUUGGGCGUUUACCAGUCAGUCAUGUUUGUACUUCUUGCCAGGUUGUCGUCCUUCUCGCGUCUUUGUCGAGAGGAACAGAUGCCAGGCUGUCGGUCGACGUUUUACGCUUCCACCACUUCAUCUACAUCUGCGCCUUGGCAGUUGUUAGUGCCUUUUGCGGUUGCUCUGAUCUUGCCAGAAAUAACCAAGGCAUUCUAUCGAGGUACGGCUUCAUAUGCCGGAUCAGCUGGGUUCUGGAUUGGAUUUUGCUUUCGCAUAGGGUUGUUGCUUGUGGCAGUAUACUGGACCCUUGACGCUGCAGACAACGGCGAGUGGUGGAGACAUCGAAUAUCCUCAUCGACACUUCAGACGGCCAAGAUCACUGUCGCUCGAUGCGUACUUGCUAUCGCGCUCCCUGUCGGUGUCAGUACAUUCAUCUGGGCCAAACCCUGCAUAGACAUCUCGAUCACCGACCCGAAGUCGAGUGCCAGGGGAACACAAGCACCGUCUCGCCCUCAGCUCACGGUCUUUGGCUAUGCCAACGCGUUUGGUAGUCGGUUCUACCUGAUGAUCCCGAUGCUAGUGUUGACUGUAGCCCUGCUGCUCCCACCGAUGGGCCAGUUCUCCAUCGCCAUUUGUGCAUGGCAAAUACUCUGCUUACUCGAAAUCUUGGACAGUAAUGCACUUGCGAUGACAUGGGCCUCUCCAUCUAGCGUUGGACCCAUUGUUCUUGCGCUGCUUGGCUCCUACCACUUCUUCAAGACUGGCCACCAAGCCACCCUCGCCUCGAUCCAGUGGAGUUCAGCAUUUGUGCCGCUCCGCACCAUCCGAUACCCCUGGUCGCCGCUCCUGGUGAUUCUCAAUACCUUUGGAGCACAGAUCAUGUGUGCAGCGGCAGUCCCGUUGACGGUGCUUUGGAAACGACCUCUGGGUAAAGCCGGGCUACGGGGAGUGUGGCACGAUGUGGUUAAUGCUUGUCUUACACAUGCGUUGUACUACGCUACCAUACAGUUGGCCACGACGAUGUGGGCUGGACAUCUCCGACGACAUCUGAUGUUGUACAGGGUUUUCAUGCCGAGGUAUUUGAUGGCCAGUGGCGUCCUCCUGAUUGUGGAUGUUGUCCUUGUAGUGGCUGCACUCGGCGGUGCUCGAGUGGUGGGCUUGAGUGUCGGGGAGGUUUUUGGCUACUGA